AUUGCAAUAUUAACUCUUCCUUUCUUCUUUAUUUUUCUUGCAUUUACUAUUUCUGCCGUCCUUUUCAAUAACACGUAUGCACAAUUUAAUUAUCGAGAUGCACUCAGCAAGUCAAUCAUUUUUCUGGAGGCACAGAGAUCAGGAAAGCUUCCUCCCAACCACAGGCCUUCUUGGAGAGGAGAUUCUGCACUUCAAGAUGGAAAACUUGCCAACGUGGACCUCGUUGGAGGAUACUAUGAUGCAGGGGACAACGUAAAAUAUGGCCUUCCAAUGGCAUUUACCAUAACUACCUUAUCCUGGGCUGCAAUCUUCUACCAAUCAGAUAUCCAAGCAGCUGGAGAAUUGGCAAAUGUUCAUUCAGCCAUUAGAUGGGGCACUGAUUACUUACUGAAAGCUAGUUCUAGGAGAGACAGAUUGUUUGUGCAGGUAGGAGAUCCAGUUCAAGAUCAUCAAUGUUGGAUACGGCCAGAAAAUAUGAAAACUCCAAGAAAUGUAUUGCAAAUUGACCAAAGUGAUCCGGGAACGGAAAUUGCAGCAGAAACUGCAGCAGCAAUGGCAGCCGCUUCUGUUGUCUUUAGAUAUUCUGAUCAUGCCCAUUCUCGUCGCCUCCUUAAUAAAGCCAAAGCGCUUUUUAAGUUUGCCAAGACUUACAAGGGCACAUAUGAUGGAGAAUGCCCCUUCUAUUGCUCUUACUCGGGCUAUAACGAUGAGUUGCUUUGGGCAGCUACAUGGCUAUACGUCGCAACCAAGAGAUCUAUUUAUCUAGAAUACAUACAAGAAGAGGCCAUCACUGCAACCGUUAGUGAAUUUAGCUGGGACCUCAAAUUUGCAGGCGCCCAAGUUCUCCUAUCCCAAUUAUACUGGGAAGGCCACAAAGAUCUAAAGAACUUCAAGCAAGAGGCUGAUAGUUAUAUUUGCUCAGUACUUCCUGAUAGCCCCUAUCACCAGGUUUACUUCACUCCAGGUGGUCUGAUUCACCUGAGAGAUGGAGCAAAUGCACAAUAUGUAACUGGCACUGCUUUUCUGUUCAGUGUCUACAGUGAUUUAUUGUCCAUGCACAAGCAACAAGUCACUUGCGGAAAUAAAGCAUUCACUUCUUCCCAGCUCAUGGCUUUUGCUAAACAACAGAUGGAUUAUCUACUUGGGAAAAAUCCCAAGGGAAGAUCAUACAUGGUUGGGUUCGGUAACAAUCCACCAAGACAAGCCCACCACAGGGGUGCAUCUGUCCCAAGAAUGUCUUCUAGUGAAGUUGUUAGCUGCCCAAUGACCUUCGUCAACUGGUACAACAAAAAUGGACCAAAUCCUAAUGAGCUGACUGGGGCUAUUGUUGGGGGCCCUGAUCGGAAUGACAACUUUGUUGAUCAACGUGCAAGCUCAGCCAUGACAGAGCCCACAACAUACACAAAUUCUUUGGCCAUUGGGGUCCUUGCAAAGCUGGCUAAGCACCAUGCUGUUUCUUGAUCCAUUAGUCUAUGAAAUCACAAUUAGAUUGUGAGGGAGGAAUCUUCGACCUGUCCCAAAAUUCCAAAUUAAAGCAGAUUAGUAAGUCUGUUUUCUUGUACACAAUAGAUAUAUAUUUUUUGGUAGCUCGGGGGAUGUAGAUGUAGAGGUUGUCGAAAAGUCAUGGAAGCCGAAGCUUCCAGCU